AUGUCAACCUAUGAAAAGCUAUUUUCAGUUUCUCAUACUUUUUCGAUACCUCAGAGUGGUUCGAUAACUCAACAUAACCAGUUUACAUUCAUGUUUGAAAAAUACAGAAAAAUUAUCAUGAAGAUUAAUAAAAAUAAUUCACCAAUAAAAAUUAGUGCUGCUGAAGAUAACGGAUACUCCUUUGUGCUUGUUGCUGCUGGAACUACAAUCAAACAAGAAGAUUCUAAUGAUAAAUAUUCAUAG